AUGAGUACAGAAUCUAAAGGACACGUUUCACCUACUUCAUCGGUUGAACCAUCACUUGUACUUUCAGUUUUAGACGCUAUUUUACUCGAAAUAUGCAUUAUUAUCAAGAAUAUUUUUUUAUUGAUAGUAUAUGUAAUAGAUGAAAUAUCCAAGAUAAUUAUUGGAAUGAUACCUUCACCAUACAAUUUACACGUUAUUUUAAUGCAAGAAAAAUAUGAACCAAUUUUAAAAUAUCUUUUUGUAGAAUUAUCACCAGUUAUAACAGUAUUAUAUCCAGUAACUUAUAUGCUUCCGUAUGAUGUUUUAACUUCGUUUGAUGAUGACCUUGUGAUAACGAUAGUUGCACCCGUGAUACUUCAUAUUAAAAAGCCAGAAUAUCAUUAUCAAGGAAUAGCAACAUCGAUGAUUUCAGUCUUUAAUAGUAGUUAUAAUACAUUAUACUCACAUUAUUAUGGUUUGACAGAAAAAGAUGAAGAAAAAAUCGUAGAAUCACCAAUGUUUAAAAAGAUGAAAUAUGAAUUAGAAAUUAAUCAAGAUUUUAUUAAUUCAAUGGGUAUUCCUAACAUGGUUUUGGAAACUUUAAUGGAAAGAUAUCAACAAAACUCAAUUAUUAAAGGAGCUGCAGUUAAAAUAAAUAAAGAUAAAUCACUUUUACCACAAGAAUCAAUAACUCAAUAUGUAAAAAAAGCAAAGUUGGAAUAUCGGCACCUAAUUUAUGGACUUAUAAUGUAUCCACUUUAUAUGAUUAUAGUGUUUCCACUUUAUAUAGUGUGUGUAAUUCCAAUGAAUUUCACCCUUUAUUCAUCAUUAGCUAUAUCGGCAGUUUAUUUGCUUGGACAUCAAUGGAUAGAUGAAUGUGAUAUGAUAGAGGAUCCGAUUGAAAGGGAUCGAAAAAAAAAUUAUUGUAAAUUGAGAAUAGUUGGAUUAUCGGCAUUUUUUGGAAUAAUUUUGUAUUUAGCAUCCGUGGUAGUAUUUUUUAUGGGAUUUAAAGCAGUUUAUAUUGCUAUGACAGAUUCUAUUGAAAGUUGUAUUUAUUUUAGUUUCAAGAUGGCUGUUGGUAAUGAUAUGAGUGAUUUUGCUAUCGACGAUAUAGUUUGA